UGCUCAUCGCUGCACUCCAUUCAACACACAGGUUAAACAGCAACAUCAAAAAAUGUCAAACCUAAUGCAAGCAAUUAAAAGCAUCCUGGAGGUCUUCCAGAAGUACUCCCAAAGUCCCUGUCCUGGACCAAACCUUAAACCUGCAGAAAUGGAGCAACUCAUACAGGAUGAGCUCUCUGAAGCAAUCAAGAACACAGGAGAUGCGGAGACCUUGAAUUUAGUCAUGAAAGCUGUGGACCGAAAUCGUGAUGGAGAAAUUACCUUUAAUGAGUUCAUCACUUUGGUGUGUGUUAUAGCCAAAUCAUAUAACAGACACCUGAUAAAAGAAAAUGAAAAAAAUCCACAGUGUUGGCCUCAGCAACAGAGUUCGGAAACGCAGCAACUAGUGGUCAACAAUCAGCAGUCAACCCAAGGAUCAGGUAUUACACAGCAGGUCAUCCAGCAACAGCCACCUACCAUCCAUCAGCAACAAGUGUAUGCCACACAAAUCCCUCAACAACUGGUGCCGACCCAAACAUUAGCUCCACCACAACAGAUACAAGGACAAGUAUUAAUUCAAACACCAGGACAAAGUCAAGUGCCACUUCAAGCACCUAUUCCAACACAGGAAGUAACAGUGCAACAGGUGCCAUCCCAGUCACCAACUACAGCACAACAGGCACUACCACAAGGCCAAGUCAAUGUCCAAACAUUACCUCAAAUGCCACUUCAAGCACCACAGACCCAACUACCCUCACAAGUGCAACCUCAGGUAACACAUGUAAUAUUUCCGUGGGCAGCCCUGGAACAAGUCCCUAUAAAACAAGUACCCUUUAAUCUGCCUCAAUUAUCUCCAGCAUCUACUCAAGUCCCUCAUCAACUGACAGCUCAAGGCCCAAAUCAAAUAUCACAGCAAGUUCUAGGUCAAAUAUCAAGUCACAUUCAGCAAGUGCCACCUCAAAUUCAAGCACCACUGCAGGUGCCAGUCUUUCAAAUACUUCCUCAGUUCCCAUCUCAGGCACCCUCACAAACACAUCCUCAGCAAACAUCCCAGACAACCCUUCAACAGACAACAGCCCAGGUACUUCCUCAGCUAUCAACUCAGGCAUUCCCUCAAGCACUUCCUCAGCUGCCACCCCAGGUUUCCCAUCAGGCACUUCCUCAGCUGCCACCACAGGUACCCCUUCAGGCACUUCCUCAGCCGCCACCACAGGUACCCCUUCAGGCACCUCCUCAGCUGCCACCACAGAUAAUUACACAAGUGAUUUCACAGCAGACCUCCCCACCUCAGGCACCAACUCAGGUACUUCCUCAUCUAUCACCUCUUUCACCUCCACAGCAAACACUAUUGUCUCAGGUAAUACCUCAGGCGCUUCCUCAGCUGCCACCACAAGCACAACCUCAUUUUUUCCCUCAGAUUACAUCACAGGUCCCCACACAGGUGCUUACCCAGCAACCCCUCCCACCUCAAAUACCAUCUCAGGUACUGCCUCAGUUGCCAACACAAAUAACUACACAAGUGCUUCCUGAACAAACCCUCCCAGCUCAGGUACCACUACAGGUGCUGCCUCAACUAACAUCACAGACACCCUCUCAGUUGACACUCCCUCAGCUGAUUCCUCAGGCCUCAGCCUCAUCUCAGGGAAUUCCUCAAUUGCCACCUCAGACAUAUUAUCAGAUUCUUCCUCAACAGCUACUUGAAGUUACACAGCAGUUACCACCUUACCAAUUUUGCCAUUGGUUAUUCGAUAUGCCUAACCAUACCCUAUUGCCACAAACACCAAUUCAAGUGCCAACACAAACAACAACCCAAGUACCCCAAGCACCAGCUCAAGCUGCACCACAAGUAACACCCCAAGCACCAGUUCAAGCUGCACCACAAGUACCAGUUCAAGCUGUACCACAAGUACCAGCUCAAGCUGCACCACAAGGAUCAGUUCAGGUUGCACCUCAAGUGCCCGUUCAACUUCAACAGCAGGUGCCAGCUCCAGUAACACAAAUACCAGUUCAAGUUGCACCCCAACUGCCAGUUCAACUUCCACAGCAGGUGCCAGCUGCAACAACACAAACACCAGCUCAGGUUGUAUACCAACUACCAGCUCAAGCAAUACCACAGGUACCCUUUCAAAUUCUACCAUAUGCACCAAUUCAAGUUGAACCACAAGUACCAGCUCAAGUAACACCCCAAGCACCAGCUCAAGCUGCACCACAAGUACCAGCUCAAGCUGCACCACAAGUACCAGCUCAAGUACCAGCUCAAGUUGUACCACAAGUACCAGCCCAAGUCCCUGUUCAACUACCACCGCAGGUGCCAGCUGCAACAACACAAAUACCAGCUCAAGUUUCUUCUCAACUACCUGCUCAAAUUUUACCACAAGUACCAGUUCAAGUUGGACCACAAGUACCAGCUCAAGUAACACCUCAAGCACCAACUCAAGUAACAAUCCAAGCUCCAGCUCAAGUUACACCCCAAGCACCAACUCAAGCUGCACCACAAGUACCAGCUCAAGUUCCACCCCAACUGCCAGUUCAAUUUUCACAGCAGGUUCCAGCUCCAGUAACACAAAUACCAGCUCAAGUUGUACCACAAGUACCAGCUCAAGCUGCACCACAAGUGCCAGUUCAACUUACACCGCAGGUGCCAGCUCCAGUAACACAAAUACCAGCUCAAGUUGUAUUCCAACAAUCAGCUCAAGCCAUACCACAAGUAACCACUCAAAUUGUACCACAAGCACCAAUUCAAGUUGGACCACAAGUACCAGCUCAAGUAACACCCCAAGCAUCAGCUCAUGCUGUACAACAAGUAGCGCCUCAAGUAGUUACUCAAGUUCCACCCCAAGUGCCAGCUCAGCUUCCACCUCAGGUGUCAGCUUCAGUAACACCACAAGUGCCAGUUCAAGUCAUAACUCAAGUACCAGCCCAAGCUGUACCACAAGCAUCUGCUCAAAUUGUAACACAAUCAAAAACUGAAGUUCCACCCCAGGCGCUUGCUCCCGUAACAUCACAAGUACCAGUUCAAUUUGUACCCCAAGCACCAACUCAAUUUGCAGCACAUGUUACACAUCAAGUGCCAAUUCAAUUUGUAUCACAAGCAACAGUUCAAGGUUCCCCCCAAGAGUCAGCUGCAGUAUUAUUUCAAAUACCAAUUCAAGGCAUACCACAAUUAGCAGCUCAAGUUCUAACCCAGGUGCCAACAUCCACAACAACACAAGUACCACCUCAAUAUAUACCGCAAAUACUAACUCAAAUGGCACCACAAAACCAAACUCAAGUUUCAUCCCUAGAGCCAGCUCAGGUUAUAUCACAGGCACCUGCUCAAGCUGCAGCCCAACAGCAUAUUAUACUUCCACAACAACUGCCCACUCAAGUUGCACCCCAAGUAUCAGCUCAGGUUGUACAGCAAGUACCAGUUCCAGUAACAUCACAAACACCUGGUCAAGUUACACACCAAUUGCCAGCUCAGGUUAUAUCACUAGCACCAGCUCAAAUUCCAUUCCAGUUGCCAAAUCAAGUCCCACAAGUAACAGCUCAAGUUAUACCUCAGGUACCGGUUCAGGUUGUACCACAGUUUUCUGCUCAAGUUAUACCCCAGGUUCCAGCUCAGAUUGUACCACAAGUUCCAGCUCAAAUAACAUCUCAAGUACCACCUCAGGUUGUACCACAAGUUCCAGCUCAAUUCGCACCUCAAGCACCAGCUCAAGUUGUAACUCAAAUACCAGUUCAGGUUCCUUCACAAGUUUCAUCACAAGUUAUACCCCAAGUACCAGUUCAGGUUGCACCACAAGUUUCAGCUCAGGUAAUACCCCAAAUACCAGCUCGGUUUGUAACACAAGUACCAGCUCAAGUUCCAUAUCAAGUACCAGCUCAGGUUGCACCACAAGUUCCAGCUCAAAUAACACCUCAAGUGCCUGCUCAGGUUAUACCCCAAGUACCAGCUCAGUUUGUAACACAAGUACCAGCUCAAGUUCCAUAUCAAGUACCAGCUCAGGUUGCACCACAAGUUCCAGCUCAAAUAACACCUCAAGUGCCUGCUCAGGUUAUACCCCAAGUACCAGCUCAGUUUGUAACACAAGUACCAGCUCAAGUUCCAUAUCAAGUACCAGCUCAGGUUGCACCACAAGUUCCAGCUCAAAUAACACCUCAAGUGCCUGCUCAGGUUAUACCCCAAGUACCAGCUCAGUUUGUAACACAAGUACCAGCUCAAGUUCCAUUUCAAGUACCAGCUCAGGUUGUACCACAAGUUCCAGCUCAAAUAACACCUCAAGUGCCUGCUCAGGUUAUACCCCAAGUACCAGCUCAGUUUGUAACACAAGUACCAGCUCAAGUUCCAUAUCAAGUACCAGCUCAGGUUGCACCACAAGUUCCAGCUCAAAUAACACCUCAAGUGCCUGCUCAGGUUAUACCCCAAGUACCAGCUCAGUUUGUAACACAAGUACCAGCUCAAGUUCCAUAUCAAGUACCAGCUCAGGUUGCACCACAAGUUCCAGCUCAAAUAACACCUCAAGUGCCUGCUCAGGUUAUACCCCAAGUACCAGCUCAGUUUGUAACACAAGUACCAGCUCAAGUUCCAUUUCAAGUACCAGCUCAGGUUGUACCACAAGUUCCAGCUCAAAUAACACCUCAAGUGCCUGCUCAGGUUAUACCCCAAGUACCAGCUCAGUUUGUAACACAAGUACCAGCUCAAGUUCCAUAUCAAGUACCAGCUCAGGUUGCACCACAAGUUCCAGCUCAAAUAACACCUCAAGUGCCUGCUCAGGUUAUACCCCAAGUACCAGCUCAGUUUGUAACACAAGUACCAGCUCAAGUUUCAUAUCAAGUACCAGCUCAGGUUGCACCACAAGUUCCAGCUCAAAUAACACCUCAAGUGCCUGCUCAGGUUAUACCCCAAGUACCAGCUCAGUUUGUAACACAAGUACCAGCUCAAGUUCCAUAUCAAGUACCAGCUGAGGUUGCACCACAAGUUCCAGCUCAAAUAACACCUCAAGUGCCUGCUCAGGUUAUACCCCAAGUACCAGCUCAGUUUGUAACACAAGUACCAGCUCAAGUUUCAUAUCAAGUACCAGCUCAGGUUGCACCACAAGUUCCAGCUCAAAUAACACCUCAAGUGCCUGCUCAGGUUAUACCCCAAGUACCAGCUCAGUUUGUAACACAAGUACCAGCUCAAGUUCCAUAUCAAGUACCAGCUCAGGUUGCACCACAAGUUCCAGCUCAAAUAACACCUCAAGUGCCUGCUCAGGUUAUACCCCAAGUACCAGCUCAGUUUGUAACACAAGUACCAGCUCAAGUUCCAUAUCAAGUACCAGCUCAGGUUGCACCACAAGUUCCAGCUCAAAUGACACCUCAAGUGCCUGCUCAGGUUAUACCCCAAGUACCAGCUCAGUUUGUAACACAAGUACCAGCUCAAGUUCCAUAUCAAGUACCAGCUCAGGUUAUACCCCAAUUACCAGCUCAGUUUGUAACACAAGUACCAGUUCAAUUUGCACCUCAAAUACCAACUCAGGUGGUACCACAAUUUCCAGUUAAAGCUGCACCUCAAGUACAAGCUCAAGUUGUAACUCAAGUACCAGCUCAAGCUUUACCCCAAGGAACAUUUCAGGUUGUGCCACAAGUUCCAGCUCAGGUUGUAACUCAAAUACCAGUUCAGGUAGCACCACAAGUUUCACCCCAAGUACCAGCUCAGGUUGCAUCUCAAGUCCCAGCUCAGUUUGCACCACAAGUUCAUGUUAUAUCCCAAGUACCAGCACAGGUAGUACCACAGGUGCCAGCUCAAGUUGCUCCUCAAGUCCCAGCUCAGGUUGCUCCACAAAUUCCAGCUCAAAUAACACCUCAAGUACCUGCUCAGGUUAUAACACAAGUAUCAGUUCAAGCUUUACCCCAAGUACCAGCUCAAGUUUUAGCCCAGGAACCAGUUCAGGUUGUGCCACAAGUUCCAGCUCAGAUUGCAACUCAAAUACCAGCUCAAGUAGCACCACAAGUUUCAGCUCAAGUUUUACCCCAAGUCCCAGCUCAGUCCGCACCUCAGGUUCAUGUUAUACCCCAAGGACCAGCCCAGGUAGCAUCACAGGUACCAGCUCAAGUUGCAUCUCAAGUCCCAGCUCAGGUUGCUCCACAGGUUUCAGCUCAAGUUAUACCCCAAGUACCAGCUCAGGUUGCAUCUCAAGUCCCAGCUCAGUUCGCACCUCAGGUUCAUGUUAUUCCCCAAGGACCAGCCCAGGUAGCACCACAGGUACCAGCUCAAGUUGCACCUCAAGUCCCAGCUCAGGUUGCUGCACAGGUUUCAGCUCAAGUUAUACCCCAAGUAACAUCUCAGGUCACCCACCAAGUACCAACUCAGGUCUCUAACCAAGAACCAGCUGCAGUAGCAACCCAGGCACCUACCCAGUUACCAACCCCAGUUUACCGAUGUGCAUGGGACCCCUGGACAGGAAAAUGGAUUAUCCAGCAAUACAAUUAAAGAAUAACAUACAUGUGCCAGAGCUGCAAAACGUUUGUGAGUUAUUGUAUGCCAAUAAUUUUUCUUAGAAGUAACAUAGAAAACCCUUAUUGUCUUCAAAGCAAUAAAAAUGAAUGCUAAAUUAA